CGAAGCGUUUUUGGGUGACACGAACUGCGUCCAAUCUAAACAGUUCCAAUUUGAAAAAGAUGCAGAAAUUCGUUAAGCGGGAGCUUCUGCUUUUCUGUACACGACAACAUAAACUGUGUAGACCGCGUUUCUCAAUGUAAACGUUGCACUUAGGCGUGGUGUAUCCUCACUUUGUUCCACAUUUUGUGUACAUUAUAAUAACAUGUUUCGAAAAAAUUUUGAGUCCCAAAUCAAAAGAUCCUUAAUCAAAUCAAGAAUGAAUAAAAAUGGAGAGUACCAUUUGGUCAUUUUGUGUCCCGAUUUAUCCCAUUAAUUUCAGUCAGUUGACCCGUUCUUUACUUCAAUAUGUUAGUUCGUCUGUUAACAAGUUCAUCCCUGACCUAAAAAGUAUCCUUGUGGAUUUUGACGCAAAAAGUUUACAAAUCAUAACUGAAGUUGAUUAUUCUGAUCGUUAUGUCCCUACUGGUUUCACUUGUGGUCUUUUCCUGAUUCAUCCAGAGUUAAACCAUCUUCGUGUACACGGGAAGAUAAAGGUCAAUAUUUUUCGCCCAUAUUUAGGUUUGGAAGUAGAUGCGAUUGUUUCAGUGGUUAGACCACAAUUUAUUCUUUGCCGUACAGAAAUUUCCAAUGUAAUGAUUAGUCUUCCACGUUUAUCUUCGGAGUCAGUAAAAAAAGAAGAAUUCAGCCAGUCCAUUUUAAAACCUUUUGACAAAAUAAGAGUUAAAUUGACUCAAAUUGAUAACAAUUUUGGCUCUCCAAUUUUACAAGGUGACUUUAUGGAGUGUCUUUCGAAACCCUUAUCAAAAUCUUCCGAGAAACAGCAUAAACAUCAAACAAAUUCUGCUGGCACUGAUAUGAGUGAUAUAAAACCAGUAAUAAAAGUCUCCGAUGAUACUGAUAGUUAUCAGACUACUUCGUCAUUUCAUGAAAAUUCUUCUGAUCCAGUCACUUUUCCGACUAAUUCACCUAACCAUAAAACACCAAAAGUUAGGAAACCAAAGAUUCGGAAACUUGAAGAAUCAUUACAAGAAGUUGGAGUCCUCGAUAAUUGUAGUGCAAGUCUAUUAACUCAUGAUGAGUCGCCAGCUGGUUCAGUGAAGAGAUUACGAAAGGAGAACUCAUCCACUUCCAAAGUAUUAAAAAAGAAAGGUAAUUCAGAUUCAGAAGAGAUUAUCCCUGCUUUAUUAAAUGAUGCACUGUUAAAAUGUGGUAGAAAAUAUAGGUCAAACCAUAAUCUGUUAUCUUCUGUAACUGUAAAAGAGGAACCAACUUGAUCUUUUUCCAAUAAAUGUGCUGUAAACGCAUAUAUACUUAUUACUUUCCAUAUUUUUCAUUUAUAAUGUAUAAAUAAAUGAUUAUGUUUGGAGUUUUGUUAAGUUCCUAGAUCAAUCUUUAAAAUUAUUAUGUACAACAGUUUCAUUGACGAUGAAGCAUUUCAGUAUUCUAGUGUUUGGUAAAUUCCUGCCACUUUCUAAUAUAUACAGAUAAACGUGCUUCUGAUUACCACAGUUUGUAUGAUGUCCUUCCGAUAAAUGGAAGCCGAAUG